AUCAGUAUCGCGCCUAACCUCCGAAUGUUGUGCCGUUCGCUGCGGGGCUCUCGUUGUCGCCCCUCGUAGCCCGGCCGUGCUGUGUGUUUUCUCUUUCGUUGCCCCCAUUUGUUUUCAUUUCGAGUUCCGGGGGCGGAGUGCGCGAAGUCAUGGUGGAGGCGCCCAAGGCUGUGCCUAACGGCCUGCGGGCGUGCAGCGAAAUGGGGCGCCGUCGAGGAGUGUUCGACGCCAUUCCGGCCCGCGUGGUGCUGUACUUCCUCUCCUGGAGCGGCUUCCUGGUCUCCUUCGUGAUGCGCAACGACAUCAACAUUGCCAUCGUGGAAAUGGUGGCGCCGGCCGGCGAGCCCGCGGCGCCUGACCAAUUCGAUUGGUCGUUCAGGGUGCGCGCCAGUAUCCUGGGCACCUUCUACUGGUGGUACGUCGUGGCGCAGGUAGCGGGCGGCGUCGCCACGCAGCACUUCGGCACGAAGGCCGUCUUCGGCUGGUCACAGCUCGCCACGGCCAUCUGUAGCCUUCUCGUGCCAACCGCGGCGCGCACGCACUACGGCUGGCUCGUGGGCCUGCGCUCGGUGCAGGGUUUCGCCUCGGGGCUCACGUGGCCAGCCAUGUACGCCAUCGUGGGCUACUGGAUCCCGCCGUCCGAGCGCAGCCGCUUCAUGUCCAGCUUUCAGGGCUUCAGCAUCGGCAUCGGCCUCACAUAUCCGCUUUGCGGCUGGAUCAUCGCGCACUGGGGUUGGCCGCCAGUCUUCUACACCACAGGCUCGAUAGGUGCCGCGUGGUGCGUCGUGUGGUGGCUGCUGGCCUUCAACCGCCCCUCAGAGCAUCCGCGCAUCACGGACGCCGAGCGGCGUAUGAUCGAGGCGGCCGUGGCGGAGGACAUACGCGGCGGCUACGGUAUGGCACCGCGCUGGGGCGCCAUCUUCCGCUCGGCGCCCGCCUGGGCGAUCGCCGUGACCACAUUCGGCCGCAUCUGGCUGCACUACAUGUUUAUCAUGUUUGGGCCUGUGUACAUGAACGACGUGCUGGGCUUCGACAUCGAGACGAACGGUGUGCUCUCGGGCGCGCCCUUCCUCUGCUCCUACCUGUCUGCGCUCGCCUUCUGCGCCGCCGCCGACUGGAUGGUGGCGCGCGGCGUGCGGCUUCUGUUCGUGCGGAAGAUCUUCACGGCUGUGUCGCAGGUCGUACCUGGCGUGCUGAUCUUCUGCAUCGCGUGGUCGCAGCACCAGGUGGCCGUGCUCGUGAUGUGGUUCGUCGCCGUGUCGUGCAUCACGGCGGGCUACGCGGGCGCCAUGGCCAACAUCAUCGACAUCGCGCCGAAUCUCGCCGGGCCCGUGCUCGCCUUCGCACAAACCAUCCACAUGAGCGCCUCCUUCAUCGCGCCCAUCGCGGCGUCGGCCAUUGUCAAGGACACGAAAUCCACGGAGCAGUGGAUGACGGCCUUUGGCCUGGCCACGGCCGUCGCAGUCGCAACGUACUUGCCAUAUUUGGCGUGGGCUCAGGCGCGCCCGCAGCCCUGGAACUACCCGAAGGAGUCCCAGGACGACGGCGCCGAGGAGCCGCUGCAGACGCAGCGCGUGUGACGCAAUCUCUCUCUCUUGUUACUUAAGUCACACAUUCCCGUGACCGUGCAUUCCACACCGUAACGCCAUCGCAAUACCAGCUGUCUGGCCGGCACAACUUACGGCCGCUGGGGGUUCCGCAGAGGCUACCAAAGUGACCUUCGGCGCCACUUUAGCAGUAGGAGGAUUUUGUUUAGCGUUUAGCGACAAUAAAUGUACUAUUUUUUGAAACAGGGAUCAACCUUAAAACACUUGUGAUGCGACGCCGGGCGUCAGCAAUGAGAUUAGAGAAGGUGACAAAUCAAUCUGCAUACGAAAUCCCUACAAGUUCGUCUCAUAAAUAUUAAUGAGGAGCAUUUGCUCAUGUCUCUAGCCUUGGUAUAUCUAAUCGCAGAAAUAUAAUAAUGAAAUGUCAGCUCAUGGUCAUUUUCUGCUCGCAUUC